GUUAAGUAGUAGCGCAGAGCAGAUGGAUAUAUCUGUGCCAUGCAGGGCCAGGCAUGCUGGGCAUGAGUGGCAGCGAGGGACAUUCCUGCCAGGGACAGUGGAUGUAGCCCAUGUCCGGGUGGCACCUCCACCUGCAAUGGGGGUAGAAAAGAGGGCUCGGGUCACCCACACUGCUCUGAUCGUUGAGGUGCUGAUGCAGACAUGAGGCAUCCCUUCCUGCAGCCAGUGGGAUGGCCUCACUGCCACUCAAAUUCCCCCAGAACUCAAGCCAUAGACCAGCCCACCCCAAGCAGGAACCUCGGGGCCCUCCCCAAAACCUCAUUGCCAGCCCCACUGGCUGCCAGGGCCACUAGCAUCAGCAGAGCUGCCCAGGCAGAGCCAUCCUGAGGAGAAGUGUGCGGCCACAUCUCUCAGAGUCUCUUUCUCCUGCCACUGCACCCAAAGCUGCAUGCUCAGGGCCUCGCUGCUGGCUCCAUGCAGCCCCGUUGCCGCUGCCUCUUCCUCCUCUUCUGCAUCUUCCAACUCUCUGGGACAUGGGCAGACCUGGAGGGGACCUUCACUGUCCGGCUGCUCCAGACCUCCUUUUUCCAAAACGCAUCCUUCGUGGACACAGAGGGGCUGGGCCUGCUACAAGACAUCCAGCUUGGUUCUCUUGAUAAGCACACCUGGUCCAUCCGCUUCUACCAGCCCUGGGUGCACCCAGCCCUGCCCCGCAGUGACUGGGACACCAUUCAGAACAUGAUCAGGAUCUAUUUGCAGCAGUUCAUCCACCUGAUCAGUGAAGGUGCAAUACAGAAGAAUGUGCCCUACCCUUUUGUGACCCAAUGCAUGGCGGGCUGUGAGGUCUACCCCAACAAGACAUCCCGAGCCUUCGCCUAUGUGGCUUACAAUGGCCAGGACUUCCUCAGCUUCGACACGGACAAUGCCACCUGGGUCGUCUCCCAAGACACCAACCUCUCACGGUACGUUCAGGCUUUUCUCCAGAACUAUACCGCCUUCAGCGAGCUGGUGGAAGUCCUCUUCAACGAGACCUGCGUUGACGACAUGGAUGUGUUAUUGCACUAUGGGAGGGCAGCUUUGGAGAGACAAGAGCCUCCCCUGGCCACAGUCUUCGCCCUCACCCCCAGCCCAGCCCAGCUCCUGCUGGUUUGCCGCGUCACCGGCUUCUACCCACGGUCCAUCAGCGUGGCGUGGCUGCGGGAUGGCCAGGAGGUGCCACCGGGCCCUGCUCUCAACACCAGUGCCAUCCUGCCCAAUGCCGACCUCACCUACCAGCUCCGCAGCACCCUGGCUGUGAUUCCCCGUGACGGGCACAGCUACGCCUGCCGUGUGCGCCACUGCAGCCUGGGCACCCGCAGCCUCCUCAUCCCAUGGGGGAACGCAGAGAUUGUCCUGAUUGUGGGGCUCGGGGCUGGGCUGCUGGCAGCCUUGGCCGUGGCAGCUGUCAUAGCACAUUGGGUGUGGAGAUGCAGUUUGCCACAGCACCGGCUUCUACCAGCAGCUCAUCAGUAUGGCCUAGCUGUGGACAUCCGGGAGGUGACAAAGAGGCAUGGGGCCAGUGCACAGCUGGGGGGCAUGGGGAGCACAGACAUGCAGCUGGGCUUGCAAGCGUGGGACACUGCAAGUUCUUCCUCCUCCCACAGUCACUGUUUUUGCUGCUUCAGCCUUGCUGCCUGCACCAUGCAGCCCUGUCAUCUCUUCCUCUUUCUUCUGCUCCUUCUCCCUGGGAUGUGGGCAGACCCAGAGGCCUUUCCCAUCCUCACCAUCCCAGCAGAGCCACAGGUUCUUCAGCUGCUCCAGACCAGCGUCUUCACCAUCAGCUCUGCUGACAUAUCCAUGGUGACUCUCCUGGAGGAUGUGGCCAUCUUGGCACUGGAUCCUGGCAACUGGAGCAUCCAUUUCCAUUGGCCCUGGGCCAGCCAGGCCACAGCCGAGGGUGAUGCAGAGAAGAUCAAGUCCCACUUCAAAUUCUUUCUGCGCAAUUUCAUCCAAUAUGUGCACAAAAUGGCCCAGCAGGUGCAACUGGACUACCCAUUUGUGAUCCAGAUCCGUGCGGGCUGUGUGCUGCACCCAAAUAAGACAAACCGGGGCUUCAUGAAUGUCGGGGAGGGUGGCAGAGACCUCAUAGCCUUCAACAUGGAGAGCCAGCACUGGGAGCCCCAGCGGCCAUCCCCGCUAGCAGAGCUGACCAGCUAUGGCCUCACAAGCAAGAAGUCCAUCACAGGGUUCCUGGUACACCUCCUCUCCAUCUUCUGCCCGAGCUACACUCUCACCCUGUGCAACUACGGGAGGGCUGAUCUGGAGAGACAAGAGCCUCCCCUGGCCACAGUCUUCGCCCUCACCCCCAGCCCAGCCCAGCUCCUGCUGGUUUGCCGCGUCACCGGCUUCUACCCACGGUCCAUCAGCGUGGCAUGGCUGCGGGAUGGCCAGGAGGUGCCACCGGGCCCUGCUCUCAACACCAGUGCCAUCCUGCCCAAUGCCGACCUCACCUACCAGCUCCGCAGCACCCUGGCUGUGAUUCCCCGUGACGGGCACAGCUACGCCUGCCGUGUGCGCCACUGCAGCCUGGGCACCCGCAGCCUCCUCAUCCCAUGGGUCCUAGAAAACCUCAGCACAGCUCCAACCGUCAGCAUCAUCAUCACAGUGCUGCUCCUUGUGGUCACAGCCUUUGCUGGGGGGGUUUGGUGGUGGAAGUGCAGGAAAGGUGCCGAGUCCACAUGGGAGACCCAGUAAUUCACCAUUUGAGACCUGACUGCCUGCCCAGCAAUGAUAUUCUCACCACCAGCUCUCCAUGCUCAUGUCCCAUCCCUGAUGCAUCAGCACCAAUAGGGGUUUGCUCUGGAAAAUCACUUCAUUAAAGAGCUACAAACUUCCCCA